AAGAAUGAAGCCUGUUACUGUUGCCACUUUCUUCAGAAAUCACCUAGACCUACAUGGUCAGUCACAUGAGCGCAACAUUGAAAUCAGUAUACUUUCCUCGUAAAUUAUUAACAUUUUCAUUUUGGCUUUAUUUGAGAAAAUUUAUGACAUAGACAUUUUUGAAUCAAUAAUGCUUUAACUUUGCUUCAUUCAUUCCCUCCAUUAAAUGCCCACAAAUAUGUCGGCUCUUGAGGAGCCUCCACCUUCUGCUGCUGUCGCGCAGCCGGACCAGAGCUACACUUCUCCGCUAGCUACGGCGUCUUCGGAUAAUAUGAUAGGGGUAGAGGUUACCCCGAACAGGAUCAAGAAUGCCAUGAGCAUGCCUCCAGAGGAUGAAAUUACUCCGACCAAGAAUGCCAAUGUAAGCAAUAGAUUAGCAUUAGAGGUCACUCCUAGGGGGCAGGAUAACACAACAAGAAAGGCGAUGCAGAUGGCUGAGGAAGAGCAGGAGAGUGAUGAGCAGCUGCUUGUGGCAGCUAACAUGGCGGUUCGUGCUGAGGAAGAGGCGCUUGUCCGGUGCAAGCAAGCUGUAAUCGACCAGCAGGAGCGGUUGAGGGACGUGCGGGAAAUGCGCAAUCGGCUCAUUGCGCAGAUGAGAGAGCGCGCUCAACGGAUCUACUCGGAGCAACGGAGAAAGAGCGAAAGGAGGUCUUCGUUGUCUGGACGAGAGGAGGGUGGUUUUGAUCAUGGGAGGACAAGUGGUGGAAGAAGUUCUAGGAGGGGGUCCAAAUCUCCUACUUUUUCCGGAGGAGGACUUCCGCAACAAAAAGGUCAUGUUGACAGGAAACCUGUCACAGGAGUUGAAGGAGAAGGGGAGACGGUAGAGUGGGAAAUGGAACAAGGGGGUGGUGGACAACACGAUUUUUGGAAUGAUUCUCCAAACGGUAGCGGUGGACCAGAAGAUGAAGGACAAGUUUACCCAGGAGUCGGUAAUUCUAAUUCGCCCAAUGGGCGUCGUGGUGCGCCAUCUCUAGGAUUCGGCACGCCUGCGAGAGAGUUCACUCUGGAUAGUGACUCAGACCCUGGAGACGAUGCGCCUGCUGAUGAUUUCAGUGCUCUAGACUUUGACACACCAUUGGACGCGAUCGGGGUAGCAAAAUGCGGACGGUGCGGAGCGAGGCUGCCUUUAGGUAAUCAGAUGAUUUUGGACCUUAGCUUUUUUUGACCUGGCUUCCACCAUCAAUGAAGGAUCAUGUGACAAGAGUCAGUUAAUACUAACUUAGUGUUAGCCCCGUAGUGGUUAAACGUCUGCAAAAUCAAAAACUUCAGAUACCGACGCCAUCGAGGCUCAUACAAUCGAGUGUGAAAAGAAUAUUGUCGUCAACCCCUCAAGCGGCAUCGUUUCGUCCACCUACCUUGGGGUGGUCCGUCACUCCAUAAUUCAGUUUUUAGCUGACAAGCGCAGGAGAGAACCCGAACCUCCCCAAGGAGAUCAGCGUCUUUUCGAAACUUGGCUUCGUGCUUUUCAUUCUGAGUUUUCAGACGAACGAUUUGGGAGAAACCUAGAGAGGCUAACCGAAGCCUUUCGUGGGGUGUGGGACGAGACUGUGUCUGAAGUUGGAAUCGGACCUCUCGGACUAGAUGGGCCUCCGAAGUUGGGUACGCCGAAACAGGGUAAUUUUUUCUUGGAAGUUGUACGUAGCUAGUAAUAGUAUGAUCCCCGAAAUUGGGCACGCCGAAACAACGUAGUGAGUUGCUUCCACUGUAGCCUUAGCGUGUAUUAGAAGUGCUGAGUAGAAGUGUAUCUCCGUAGUUGUAGGGUCAUCCAGCAGAGUGAAAACCCAUUUUUGACGAGAUUUUAUUUGCCUACUCCAGGUUCCAUGGGAGCUCGAGCCAGUCUUGAUUCGGACUCUACUGCUGCGCCUCCUUUCGUAUCCUUUAGUCCGCAUAUUGCUUCUCCGACUUCGCGUGAGGAUUCCAAAUGAUAUGUUUGGCGAUGCGGGAUGCAACACGUUCAUGUGAAUCCGCGGCAAGAACGUUUCGCGGAAAUCUCGCCGCUAAAAUCGCGGAGUGUUUUCGCAUGUAAGCAGACUCGUACGACGCGGCCGCUCGGAAAUGGCGCUUACGCCGAGCCCGAGAUCGGUCCUGCCUUCUGCGGACGCAGUCGAACAAUGGUACGCGCGCUCGAUCAUCGUGAAACGCGGAGAGCAGAGCCAGCAACGACGGACGAAGCUAUGUAACAAGAUUUGUUGUCGCAGGUUGAAGUUGAACAGGGGAACUUGAUCUUCAAGUUCAACUUGAUCUUGAAGCAGGUCUUCUAAGUGUUUACGACCCCGAUGUCGGGAUAACACAAGGACAAGUCGCACCUCGCACGGCGGCGGAUGGUGAUCAAGCAAAAACCAUUCUGAUGAAAAAUUUUUUCAUGGGCCUAAAGUUGCAUUUUUCAUAUUCAUUCCAAGAUUUGUAAUGCUAAUGUCAUCCUUGAUUGAUGAUGGUGUACUUUAAAUCGCUCCCUGUUUUGUGCGUGACUCUUACUCUUACAUUAUUUUGCAUUCCCAACAUUCCCAACGAGACUUCCCAUCCUCCUCUUUUACAUUCUCCCUUUCCUCUCC